GAAAUGCUAGGACUAGUGAUAUCACCCAGCCUUACUGUAAACAGCGACUGUCCGGGUAAACUGAAGCUUAACUGUGCUGGUGCCGAUGUCUGGACUCUGAGUGACGCGGAAGGCACCACCACAUCGGCCCCCCCGAGUCUGUCCCAGCUCUUCGUGCGUCCCUGCUCGCGUAUCCUGCCCAGCCAGCCCUCCACGGCCAUGGCGACUUACGGCCAGACGCAGUACAGUGCGGGGGUCCAGCAGGCCGCCCCCUGCACGGCGUACCCACCUCCGGCACAAGCCUACGGGUUCCCCUCUUACGGCAUCAAGACAGAAGACAGUUUGAACCAUUCCCCUGGCCAGAGUGGAUUCCUCAGCUAUGGCUCCAGCUUCAGCACCCCACCCACUGGACAGAGCCCAUACACCUACCAGAUGCACGGCCCGGCCGGGAUGUACCAAGGUGCCAAUGGACUGACCAGCACGGCAGGAUUUGGAGGUGUGCACCAGGACUACCCUUCCUACCCCGGCUUCCCGCAGAGCCAGUACUCCCAGUACUACAGCUCGUCCUACAGCCCUCCCUAUGUCCCGGCCAGCGGCAUCUGCCCGUCCCCGCUCUCCACGUCCACCUACGUCCUCCAGGAAGCCUCACACAACGUCCCCAGCCAGAGCUCUGAGUCGCUGUCCGGCGACUACACCACACACAACGGAGCUCCCACACCAGCCAAGGAGGGAGACCCAGACCGGCCGCAUCGGGCCUCGGACGGCAAACUCCGUGGCAGGGCUAAACGCGGCAGCGACCCCUCCCCGGCCGGGGACAGUGAGAUUGAGCGUGUGUUCGUGUGGGACCUGGACGAGACCAUCAUUAUUUUUCACUCCUUACUCACGGGGACCUUUGCGUCCAGAUACGGGAAGGACACCACGACGUCCGUGCGCAUCGGCCUGAUGAUGGAAGAGAUGAUCUUCAACCUCGCGGACACUCACCUGUUCUUCAAUGACCUGGAGGAUUGUGACCAGAUCCAUGUUGAUGAUGUCUCAUCUGAUGACAAUGGCCAGGACCUAAGCACGUACAACUUCUCCGCGGAUGGCUUCCACAGUUCGGCCCCCGGAGCCAACCUGUGCCUGGGCUCCGGGGUACACGGCGGCGUGGACUGGAUGAGGAAGCUGGCCUUCCGCUACCGGCGGGUGAAGGAGAUGUACAACACCUACAGGAACAACGUCGGGGGCUUGAUAGGCGCUCCCAAGAGAGAGACCUGGCUACAGCUCCGAGCUGAGCUGGAGGCCCUGACUGACCUCUGGCUGACCCACUCCCUGAAGGCAUUAAACCUCAUCAAUUCCCGGCCCAAUUGUGUCAACGUGCUGGUCACCACCACUCAACUAAUUCCUGCCCUGGCCAAAGUCCUGCUGUAUGGGCUGGGUUCCGUGUUCCCCAUUGAGAACAUCUACAGCGCAACCAAGACAGGGAAGGAGAGCUGCUUUGAGAGGAUAAUGCAGAGAUUCGGCAGAAAGGCCGUCUACAUCGUGAUUGGCGAUGGCGUCGAAGAGGAGCAGGGAGCCAAAAAGCACAACAUGCCCUUCUGGCGGGUAUCCUGCCACGCGGACCUGGAAGCCCUGCGGCACGCGCUGGAGCUGGAGUACUUAUAGCCAGGGCCCGCCGGGCCGCACCCACGGGCCGCGCCCGCCAGAGGCUGGACACCGCGGGGGCCCCGCAGCCCACAGGGGUUUCCGGUGACCAGAGCUGCCCUUUCAGCCCAACGAGAGUCCGAGGAGCAGAGCGCCCAACCGCGGCUUUGGAAGACUGAACUUUGGGGAGAGGGGCUGGCUCGAAGUCCAGACUUUUCUACAAGACUCGAACAAAAGCAAGGGCUGGCUGAUGCGGAGCAGCGCUCGUGAGAGGCGGGACAGCGCACUGUUUUUUCUUCCUUUUUAAUUUAUGGACUAAGCUCGUUACUCUGGUAAAACGCCCCGUACCGGUGUGGUCGGUUUUCUUGGUCGUUGGUUAGGUUUUGUUCUUCAAGCUGGCGUGCAGCGCUCUGCUCCAGGAUGAACUUCGGGGGGACAAUCAUUGGUUCUCUGGACGUGCGUGAGGGAGGCGCCUCGGGCCUCGGGGGGAUUCUUGCUUGUUUCUGUUUUUAAGGACCUGACCUGUUGUCACGUGGACGGUGCGCCUGCCUGACGCUGCCAUCUUGUUUUCUAGGACGCGGGAAGCCUGGGAGGAGGGUACUUUGUGACGGAUCAAAGGCAUUAAAUAAAGCCAGG